AUGGCCGGCGCCGCGAGCGCGGCGGCGGUGCAGCGGAGGGUGGUCAGGGUUCUCCUCGUCGAGGACGAGGAGAUCCACAGGGUUCUGGCGAGGGCGCUGCUGAAGUCGGCCGUCGGCGGCGGCGGCGUGGAGCUGGACGAGGCGGGGAACGGCGCCGAGGCCGUGCGGCGCGUGCGGGAGGGCGGCGCCGGCGCCUACGACCUCAUCAUCACCGACAAGCAGAUGCCCGUCAUGGACGGACACGAGGCGACGCUGCAGAUCCGGGGGCUGGGCGUCACGACGCCGAUCGUCGGGCUGUCCAGCGACUGCCGCCCGCCCGACGUCGACGCGUUCUUGGAGGCCGGGGCCGACGACUUCACGCCUAAGCCGCUGUCCAAGGAGAAGCUCAACCGUAUCCUCGUCAAAUUUAAUCUGGCCUAG